AUGGAUACAAGGGAGUACCAAGAACGCCGACAACACCAGGAAUGGGAGCGACAAGGGGAGAGACAGCGUCACGAGACGGAAAGGCAGCAAUGGCAACAACAGCGGGAAGAGAAUACAAAUAACUAUCAGGCGACAGAAGAAAGUGGUGACGCGAGCACAAACCAUUCACCAUCAAGCUCGCAGAGUCCCCCUUUUGACCCGAACAACAUCCGUUUGACUAGACUCAUUGGAGGUGGUGCUGUAAAGUAA